AUGCAAAAGAGGCGGCAGCUCGACCGUGUUCCAAAGCGGCUUCGGACUCGGGGCGCCCUGAGGACAAUAUCUUCAGUGCUGUUUUUCGCGCGAUCUACCGAAGCCUUCUCGCCCCGUUGCGCUUUCGUGACGAGAAAGCCGUGUCACGCUAAAUCCACCUCCCGGCGUUUCAUUUUCGCUCCGAAGGGAUCGGGAUAUUUUCGUCCGGAGGAUGAAGAAAGCGUCCUGCCAAAAACCUACGAGCCCAUGAUGGAAUAUCCAGGAACGAUGCGUCCGGGCCGUACUCCGGAAAACAUGCCUUUCCACGAUUUACCAAUUGGUGACAAUGAUCCAGAUCCAGUACCUUGGCCUCACUUUCAACAAAUCGAGUGGCAUCAUCAGUGGGACCCCCCGCACGAACACCCCAUCCCGAUGGAGGACUUUAUCGAAAUGCACGGUCGCUGGGCUACUCCAGAAAUGGAAGCCGCCAUGCGAGCCGGUGUGCGACGGGACGUCCGGGAUCGACGUGAACAGGCCGAAGCCGAUAAAAGGGACAUGAUUAUUACGGAUGACGAUGAAGAUGAUGACAUCGCAGAUAUUGAGAAUGAUCCCAUAUCUUUGGGCGAUGGCAUGUUCGGAAAGCUUGGAUCGGAUGCGGAUCGACUCGAAACUGCCGCAGCUACAGCGGCACCCAAGAAGGGAGAAAUCGUGGAUGAUGCAGAUGAGGACGAGGACGAUGGUGCACUGGACGACUUCCUACUGGAUCUAGGCUUGGAUGCGGAGCUGGACGACGAUUCUGAUUCUUUGGACGACAAGAAGUCUUCCUCGAAAAAAAGUAGUACAAAGAAGGACGAUGACCUCGAUUUGGACGCGGCCCUGGGUUUUACGAACGACGAAGAUGAUGACGACGAUGAUGAGUCUAGUGUUGUCAAGAGUAACAGGGGAACUACGGCUAUGAUAAAUGUAGAUGACGAUAGCGACUUAGAGUUUGGGCUCGAUGACGACGAUGAUAUCGAUGAUGGUGUUGACACGGUACCAUUGGAUGACUUCAACGACAGCGAGAAUCUCGACACGGAAGAUGUAUUUGACGACGGUGGCUUUGAUUUUGAUGACGGUGAUGGUGGUGGCGAUGGCGGCGACAGCUGGUAGUGUUUUCAUAGACCUUGUGCAAAAGAC